UUCACUGGAAAAAGAAAUAUGGGCUCAAUGGUCUGCGAAACAAUUUUUGAUCAGGAGCAGACUGCUCCAACCUUCGUCGGAUCCUUAGAAGUACCAAAUGUCCAGGAAAUUGUCAGAGAUAAUUCGUCGCGUGUUCCUCAAAUUUACAUCAGGGACCAAUAUGAAAUGCCAAAAGCUACUGAUAUGGCUCAUCUAGUUACUGAUAUUCCUGUCAUUGAUUUAUCUCUGCUCUCGAAUGGCAACGUUGAGGAGCUGAAAAGACUCGAUCAGGCAUGCGCAGAAUGGGGAUUCUUUCAGGUGAUAAACCAUGGAGUUCCAAGUGAGGUGCUGCAGAACAUGAAGCAGAAUGCAGAUGGUUUUUUCAAUCUGUCCCUCGAAGAGAAGAAUAAGUUCUCGAUGCCCCCUGACGACAUACAAGGCUAUGGUCAUGCUUAUGUUGUUUCUAAAGAGCAGAAGCUAGACUGGUCCGAUGCACUGAUGCUUGUUACCAUGCCUCCAGAGUUCCGCAAUCUUCAGUAUUGGCCAACUAAGCCAGAAGGUUUUAAGGAGAUUAUUGACAAAUAUUCAAAAGGACUUGCAACCGUUGGAGAGCAGCUCCUCGGCUCUAUAUCUCUGAAUUUGGGACUAGAAAGGAACACUCUCAUUAAAGAGCACAAGGGUUUGUCACAAGCUUUGCGUAUAAACUACUAUCCUCCUUGCUCUAGGCCUGAUCAAGUACUCGGUAUUAGUCCUCACUCGGACACAAGUUCAAUAACUAUACUACUACAGGAAGAUCAUCUGCAUGGUUUGCAGAUACACCAUAAUGGUGAGUGGAUUCCAGUUAAGCCGAUUCCAAACGCUCUGGUCAUCAACAUUGGAGAUGUUAUAGAGAUUUGGAGUAAUGGGAAAUACAAGAGCAUUGAGCACCGAGCAGUGACAAAUGAAAGUAAAGCAAGAAUGUCAUUAGCAGCUUUUCUCUUCCCAAACCUUGACAAGGAAAUCGAGCCCUUUGACUGUGUAGUGAAAUCACAAGGAUUGCUUAAAAAUUACAAGAAGGUCAAGUAUGGAGACUAUCUCCUCAAUUCAAUGAAGAGGAAAAUGGAAGGAAAAACUCACACUGAAAUGGCAAAAAAUUGAACUCUAGAAAACAGAAAUUAUCACCAGGAACAAAUGAUCUAAUAAAAGUGAAACGAUGUUACGUGUAAUGUUAAGAAACAGAACCUGGUUUUCUUUAUUUACCAAUGCAGUUUAUCUUAAUAUCCA